GUGCGAGGGGGUUUUCCCAGCCGCGGGGAAUGGUUUCCAAGGAACAGUCUCCAUGACGGCCCCAGCACACCCCGGCGGCACAUUGAUUUGCUGCUGCUGGAGCUCUGGCGUCCUCCCCCGGCCUGGUGCCUGGCGGGCCGGUGGCUCACGCAGCUGGGAACGUGAGCAGCCCCAUGGAGGCACGGGGCUGACCCCAAAGCCAGAUGACCCUGUGGGACUGCGGGACAGAGAUGGGGCCCUCUACACCUACGAGGAUGGCUCUGAUGAUCUGAAGCUGGCAGCAUCGGGAGGAGGGGGUCUGCUGGAGCUCUCUGGCCACUUUGAGAUCCAGAAGGUGAUGUACGGCUUCUGCAGCGUCAAGGAGCCCCAGGCCGUGCUCCCCAAAUAUGUCCUCGUCAAUUGGGUGGGUGAGGAUGUGCCCGACGCCCGCAAGUGUGCCUGUGCCAGCCACGUGGCCAAGAUCGCAGAGUUCUUCCAGGGUGUGGAUGUUAUCGUCAAUGCCAGCAGCGUGGAGGACAUUGACCCGGGGGCCAUCGGGCAGCGGCUCUCCAAUGGGCUGGCACGCGUCUCCAGCCCCGUGCUGCACCGCCUGCGGCUGCGCGAGGAUGAGAAUGCCGAGCCCGUGGGCACGACCUACCAGAAAACUGACGCCACCGUGGAGAUGAAGCGGCUCAACCGGGAGCAGUUCUGGGAACAAGCCAAGAAAGAGGAGGAGUUGCGCAAGGAGGAGGAGAGGAAAAAGGCGCUGGAUGCGCGGCUGCGGUUUGAGCAGGAGCGCAUGGAGCAGGAGCGGCUGGAGCAGGAGGAGCGCGAGAGGCGUUACCGGGAGCGCGAGGAGCAGAUCGAGGAGCACAGGAGGAAGCAGCAGAGCAUGGAGGCGGAGGAGGCCCGGCAGCGCCUGAAGGAGCAGUCCAUCUUUGGGGAGCAGCAAGAGGAGGACGACAGGCAGCAGCUCCGGAAAUCAGAGUCAGAGGUGGAGGAGGCCGCUGCCAUCAUUGCCCAGCGACCCGACAACCCCCGGGAGUUCUUCAAGCAGCAGGAGCGGGUGGCAUCGAGCAGCAGCGACGCCGUCUCUCCGGGCAGCCAUAGGACAGGUCGUCUGCACUGUCCUUUCAUAAAGACAGCUGACAGUGGGCCGCCUUCUUCUUCCUCCUCCUCCUCCUCCCCCCCGCGGACCCCCUUCCCCUAUAUCACCUGCCACCGCACCCCAAAUCUCUCCUCUUUCUUUCCAUGCAGCCAGUCUGACUACCGAAAGGUUUCGGCAGCGGGCUGCAGCCCCUGCGAGUCCAGCCCGGCCUCCACGCCGCUGGGCGAGCAGCGCGCCCGCGCCCCGGCUGAAGAGACGCCGGCAACGCCCAAAGACUCCCCCAGCCCCAGCACCCAGGUGGCAGAGCCGGCGGUGACCGAGCAGCACUGGCCCUUCCCUGGGCCUGAGGACAAAGCGACGGAGCUGCCAGGGGACGAGCCCGACCCUGACCCCAGGCCGGCGUGGACAGCAGGGGCUGAUGUGCUGGAGGACCUGGUGGCCCUGGAGCCCUCCGAGCCGUCCCCAGUGCCUGCUGUGCCAGAACCCCAGCCCAUGGAGACGCCCGGUGUGGCCGAGCCCCUCAUCGAGCUGUGGCAGAGUGAUGGUGCGGCCCCUGCUGCCACCAGCACCUGGCCCCUGCCCGACACCCCCGCGGGACCCCCAGUCCCCCCCGAAGAGGGCACGCUGCUGGGCCUGGACGAGCUGCCCGAGCCCCCCGCCACGUUCUGUGAUGCAGAGCAGCACGAGGAGGUGGAAGAAGAGGAGGAGGAGGCCACAGCAGGUGGGCCUCAUCCCACAGGGCUGGGCUACCAGGAGGGCUACCAGGAGGGCCACGAGGUGCCCCCCAUUACCAACGGGGAGAUGGGCCCCAAGGAUGGCACAGCGGGCCGUGGCGAGCAGGCCAGUGAGGGCUACUUCAGCCAGUCCCAGGAGGAGGAGGCCCUGCCGCCCGAGGAGCCGUCGGCCAAAGCCCCGCAGCCCGUCUUCUACAACAAGCCGCCAGAGAUCGACAUCACAUGCUGGGACGCGGACCCGCUGCCCGAGGAGGAGGAGAGCUUCGGGGGUGGCCUGUAGGCCCCGCUCAGCCUGUAGGCCCCGCCGGUGCGGGGUGCGAGCGGCCAUGGCCGGGGCCCCCUCCCCGCUGGGGCCCCGCAGGAUGGGAGCCGGGGGGGCCGCCCCACAGCACCCCGGGGUGCCUUUUACAGCCCCCCCGUCUCUUUCUCUUUUAUAAGUUGUCGGUAGGAGACAUGUCAGCCCUUCCCCCCCCAGCCCUGUGAACCCCUCGUAGGCCCCUCCUCACCCCAGCUCCCCGUCCUGGGGGGGAUACAUGAGACCCCUGUGGUGCCAGCUGUGGGAUGGGGGCCCCGUUCUCUUUUUGUCCCCCACCCCAGUACUUUGCACGAGUUAAAAAAAAAAAAAAAAAGGAAUAAUAAUAAUAAUAAAUGAAUAUGGCAAUAAAGUGACCCUACCGAGGUGAGGCUGCGGCCGGCGGUGCCCCCACCCCAAAGCACUGCGGGGAUGCAGGGACCCCCUCCUCCUUGCCAGGAGCCCCCCCCCGGCGCAGGGCUUGUCCCGUCCCUAUUUCCCUAUCCCUGCUUUGCCCCUCGCUUGCCCCCCCCCCCCCCUCCCAUACGGUAUAACUGUUUUUUGGAAAGCACAAGUUCUGUAACGGCGGCGUGCUGAUGUAUGUUAAUAAAUAAAGCGAAUCCC